CUGGAGGACUAGCGAGGAGGAGUUGAGAGAACGGAGCGGACGCCAUGGCGACCAACAUCGAGCAGAUUUUUAGGUCUUUCGUGGUCAGUAAAUUCCGGGAAAUUCAACAGGAGCUUUCAAGUGGAAGAAGUGAAGGCCAGCUCAAUGGUGAAACAAAUACACCUACUGAAGGAAACCAGGCAGGUGAUGCAGCUGCCUCUGCCAGGAGUCUACCAAAUGAAGAAAUAGUUCAGAAGAUAGAGGAAGUACUUUCUGGGGUCUUGGACACAGAACUACGAUAUAAGCCAGACUUGAAGGAGGCCUCCAGAAAAAGUAGAUGUGUGUCUGUACAAACAGAUCCUACUGAUGAAAUUCCCACCAAAAAGUCAAAGAAGCAUAAAAAGCACAAAAAUAAAAAGAAGAAAAAGAAGAAAGAAAAGGAAAAAAAGUAUAAAAGACAGCCAGAAGAAUCUGAGUCCAAGCCGAAAUCACAUCAUGAUGAGAACAUGGAUUUAGAAUCGGAUUCAUUUUUGAAGUUUGAUUCUGAACCCUCAGUGGUGGCACUGGAGCAUCCUGUAAGAGCCUUUGGCCUGUCUGAGACCAGUGAGUCUCCUGCAGUUGUGCUAGAACCUCCUAUAGUAUCAAUGGAGGUAUCACAGCCACACACUUUAGAAACUCUGAAGCCAGUUGCAAAAACUGCAGAACUGUCAGUUGCAUCUACGUCAGUAAUCUCAGUUCAGUCAGAGCAGUCUGUGGCCAUAACGCUGGAACCAUCCAUGACAAAAACCCUGGAUUCUUUCACAACAGCACCAGUGCCUACUACAACAGUAGCGCUAAAGUCAUCUGAACCAGUCGUAACAAUGUCAAUGGCGUAUCAGAUGAAAUCUGUGCUGAAAUCUUCGGAGAGCACACCUCCAGAGCCAUCAAAGAUCAUGUUAGAGCCUCCAGUAGCAAAAGUGCUGGAACCAUCAGAAACCCUUGCGGUAUCAUCAGAAACACCUACUGAGGCGCACCCUGAGCCAAGCACAUCAAUAACAAUGGAUUUUCCAGAGUCAUCUGCAACUGAAGUACUAAGAUUGCCAGAGCAGCCUGUAGAAGUACCAUCGGAGAUUGCAGAUUCAUCCAUGACAAGAUCGCAGGAGUUGCUGGAGCUGCCCAAGACCACAGCAUUGGAGCUGCCGGAGUCGUCGGUGGCCUCAGCGAUGGAGUUGCCGGGGCCACCUGCGACCUCCAUGCCGGAGUUGCAGGGGCCCCCUGUGACUCCAGUGCUGGAGUUACCUGGGCCCUCUGCUACCCCGGUGCCAGAGUUGCCAGGGCCCCUUUCUACCCCAGUGCCUGAGUUGCUAGGGCCCCCUGCGACAGCAGUGCCUGAGUUGCCGGGGCCCUCUGUGACAUCAGUGCCACAGUUGUCACAGGAAUUGCCAGGGCUUCCAGCACCAUCCAUGGGGUUGGAGCCACCACAGGAGGUACCAGAGCCACCUGUGAUGGCACAGGAGUUGCCAGGGCUGCCUGCGGUGACAGCAGCAGUAGAGUCGCCGGGGCAGUCUGCUGUAACAGUAGCAAUGGAGUUGACCGAGCAACCUGUGACGACGACAGAGUUGGAGCAGCCUGUGGGGAUGACAACGGUGGAACACCCUGGGCAGCCUGAGGUGACAACAGCAACAGGGUUGCUGGGGCAGCCUGAGGCAGCGAUGGUGCUGGAGUUGCCAGGACAGUCAGUGGCAACAACAGCGCUGGAGUUGCCAGGGCAGCCUUCGGUGACUGGGGUGCCAGAGUUGCCAGGGCUGCCUUCGGCAACUAGGGCACUGGAGUUGUCGGGGCAGCCUGUGGCAACUGGGGCACUGGAGUUGCCUGGGCAGCUCAUGGCAACUGGGGCACUGGAGUUCUCGGGGCAGUCUGGGGCAGCUGGAGCACUGGAGCUUUUGGGGCAGCCUCUGGCAACAGGGGUGCUGGAGUUGCCAGGGCAGCCUGGGGCGCCAGAGUUGCCUGGGCAGCCUGUGGCAACUGUGGCGCUGGAGAUCUCUGUUCAGUCUGUGGUGACAACGGAGCUGUCAACGAUGACCGUGUCGCAGUCCCUGGAGGUGCCCUCGACGACAGCGCUGGAAUCCUAUAAUACGGUAGCACAGGAGCUGCCUACUACAUUAGUGGGGGAGACUUCUAUAACAGUAGGAGUGGAUCCCUUGAUGGCCCAAGAAUCCCAUAUGUUAGCUUCUAACACCAUGGAGACCCAUAUGUUAGCAUCCAACACCAUGGACUCCCAAAUGCUAGCGUCCAACACCAUGGACUCCCAGAUGUUAGCCACCAGCUCCAUGGACUCCCAGAUGUUAGCAACCAGCACCAUGGACUCCCAGAUGUUAGCAACUAGCUCUAUGGAUUCCCAGAUGUUAGCAUCUGGCACUAUGGACUCUCAAAUGUUAGCUUCAGGCACCAUGGAUGCCCAGAUGUUAGCGUCUGGCACCAUGGAUGCCCAGAUGUUAGCAUCUAGUACCCAAGAUUCUUCUAUGUUGGGUUCAAAAUCUCCAGAUCCCUACAGGUUAGCUCAGGAUCCUUAUAGGUUAGCUCAGGAUCCCUAUAGGUUAGGUCAUGACCCUUAUAGGCUAGGUCAUGAUGCCUACAGGUUAGGGCAAGACCCCUAUAGAUUAGGCCAUGAUCCUUACAGACUAACUCCUGAUCCCUAUAGGAUGUCACCUAGACCUUAUAGGAUAGCACCCAGGUCCUAUAGGAUAGCUCCCAGACCAUAUAGAUUAGCACCUAGACCCCUGAUGUUAGCAUCUAGACGGUCUAUGAUGAUGUCCUAUGCUGCAGAACGUUCCAUGAUGUCAUCUUAUGAACGCUCUAUGAUGUCUUACGAGCGGUCUAUGAUGUCCCCUAUGGCUGAGCGUUCUAUGAUGUCAGCCUAUGAGCGCUCUAUGAUGUCAGCCUAUGAGCGCUCUAUGAUGUCCCCUAUGGCUGAGCGUUCUAUGAUGUCAGCUUAUGAACGCUCUAUGAUGUCAGCUUACGAGCGCUCCAUGAUGUCCCCAAUGGCUGACCGAUCUAUGAUGUCCAUGGGUGCCGACCGGUCUAUGAUGUCAUCGUACUCUGCUGCUGACCGGUCUAUGAUGUCAUCGUACUCUGCAGCUGACCGAUCUAUGAUGUCAUCUUACACUGCUGAUCGUUCAAUGAUGUCUAUGGCAGCUGAUUCUUACACUGAUUCUUACACUGAUACAUACACGGAGGCAUAUAUGGUGCCACCUUUGCCUCCUGAAGAGCCUCCAACAAUGCCACCAUUGCCACCUGAGGAGCCACCAAUGACACCACCAUUGCCUCCUGAGGAACCACCAGAGGGUCCAGCAUUACCCACCGAGCAGUCAGCACUAACAGAUGAAAAUGCUUGGCCUACUGAGGUGCCAUUACCUCCUGAAGAGUCUGUACCACCGCCUGAACCUCCUGCGAAUCAAAGUGAGAUUUCAGAGCCUUCAGUGGUACCUGCUGAUUAUUCAAUGUCAGCAUCAGAGCCUUCAGUGUUAGCAUCAGAGGCUGCUGUGACUGUUCCAGAGCCACCACUAGAGCCAGAGUCUUCGGUGAUGUCCACACCUGUAGAGUCUGCUGCAGUAGCAGAACAUGAAAUUGUUCCAGAAAAACCUGUGACUUAUAUGGUAUCUGAAACUCCCAUGUCAGCUGAACCAACUAUGUUAACAUCAGAGACUUCUAUUAUGUCCGAGGCAACAGAAACCUUUGCUUCCAUGAGAGCUUCAGGACAUGUUGCCUCAGAGGUGUCUAUGUCUGUGAUAGAGCCUGCAGUAACUAUUCCAGAGCCAUCACAGAGCACUGUAGAGCUGUCAGCCAUGGCUGUCUCAGAGCUACCAGCUGUGGCUGUCCUGGAGCCCCAAGUCGUGGCUGUCCCAGAGUCCCCGGCUGAGGCUGUCCUGGAGCCGCCGGCCGAGACUGUCCUGGAGCCCCUGGCUGUGUCUGUCCAAGGGCCACCGGCCAUGGCUGUCCCGGGGCCACCGGCUGAGGCUGUCCCAGAGCCCCGGGCCUUGGUUGAGCCAGAGUGUGUUACCAUUCCUGUGCCAGUUUCUGCCCUGCAACCUGCUGUGCCUGUCCUGGAACCAGCAGUGUCAGUCCUUCAACCUAAUGUGAUUGUUUCAGAACCAUCUGUUUCUGUCCAAGAAUCUACCAUGACAUUUUCGGAGCCUGUUGUCACCGUCUCAGAGCAGACUCAAGUAACACCAACUGAGAUGGUUUUAGAGUCUACCCCAGUGAUGCUGGAGCCUAGUGUUCUAAAAGGAAUACAUUUACACUCUGGUGAUGAAAAUCGUGCUCCAGAGAUUGGCACGCAGGAGAUUCCUGUGUAUUUAGAUGAAGAGCCACAUGCUGAAGGACACCUGAAGAAUGACUCUUAUGAAAAUGAACACCGUAUAAAUAUAGAUCUUAAUAUAAAUAAUCAUUUAAUUGGUAAUGAGAUGGAACACAGCACAGUGUCUGCUGCCAGUGCUGGUACUGUUGGUGAAAUUGGUGAAGAGAAAAUUUUGCCCAUCAGUGAGACUAAACAAUGCACAGUAUUGGUAUUGGAUACUUGCCCUAGUGUUAGUGAAGCUGAUGUAGGAGGAACUCUAUCUUCUACUGGCCCCUUUGCUCUUGAACCUGAUACAAUGGGAACUAGUAAGGGUAUUGAAUUUGUCACUGCAUCUGCUCUCAGUUCAAUUAGUAAAUAUGAUGAAGUAUCUUUAAAUACUCAAGAUACCGAACAUGACAUGGUGAUUUCCACGAGCCCCAGUGGUGGUAGUGAGGCUGACAUAGAGGGACCUUUGCCUGCUAAAGACAUUCAUCUUGACUUACCAUCUAAUAACUUUCUUGGUAAUGAUACAGAAAGACCAUUACCUAUGAAAGAGAGUGACCAGACAUUAGCAGUUGCUCUCAGCCCUAAAGAAAGUAGUGCAGAUAAAGAAGUACCUCUCCCUACUAAAGAGAUAUUGUCUGGUUCAGGAUUUUCUGCCAGUAUUGAUGAUAUUAAUGAAGCAGAUUUAGUGAGACCAUUACUUCCUAAGGACAUGGAACGUCUUACAAGCCUCAGAGCUGGUAUUGAAGGACCUUUACUUGCGAGUGAAGUUGAACGUGACAACUCUGCUGUCAGUCCAGUUGUAAAUAUACCAGAAAGAGCUUCAGAGUCUUCUUCAGAAGAAAAAGAUGAUUAUGAAAUUUUUGUAAAAGUUAAAGACACACAUGAAAAAAGCAAGAAAAAUAAGAACCGUGAUAAAGGUGAGAAAGAGAAGAAAAGAGACUCUUCAUUAAGAUCUCGAAGUAAGCGGUCCAAAUCUUCUGAACACAAAUCACGAAAGCGUACCAGUGAAUCUCGUUCUAGGGCAAGGAAGAGAUCGUCUAAGUCCAAGUCUCAUCGGUCUCAAACACGUUCACGGUCACGUUCAAGACGCAGAAGGAGGAGCAGCAGGUCAAGAUCAAAGUCUAGAGGAAGGCGAUCUGUAUCAAAAGAGAAGCGCAAAAGAUCUCCGAAGCACAGGUCCAAGUCCAGGGAAAGAAAAAGAAAAAGAUCAAGCUCCAGGGAUAACCGGAAAACUGUCAGAGCUCGAAGUCGCACCCCAAGUCGGCGGAGUCGGAGUCACACUCCGAGUCGUCGAAGAAGAUCUCGAUCUGCGGGGAGAAGGAGCUUUAGUAUUUCCCCGAGCCGACGGAGCCGCACCCCGAGCCGACGGAGCCGCACCCCGAGUCGAAGGAGCCGCACCCCGAGCCGAAGGAGCCGUACCCCCAGCCGAAGGAGCCGCACCCCCAGCCGACGGAGCCGUACCCCGAGCCGACGGAGCCGUACCCCGAGCCGUCGGAGAAGAUCGAGGUCUGUGGUAAGAAGACGAAGCUUUAGUAUAUCACCAGUCAGAUUAAGGCGAUCACGAACACCCUUGAGAAGAAGGUUUAGCAGAUCCCCCCUUCGUCGUAAACGAUCCCGGUCUUCUGAAAGAGGCAGAUCACCUAAACGUCUAACAGAUUUGAAUAAGGCUCAAUUACUUGAAAUAGCCAAAGCUAAUGCAGCUGCCAUGUGUGCUAAGGCUGGUGUUCCUUUACCGCCAAACCUAAAGCCCGCACCUCCACCUUCAAUAGAAGAGAAAGUUGCUAAAAAGUCAGGAGGAGCUACUAUAGAAGAACUAACUGAGAAAUGCAAACAGAUCGCACAGAGUAAAGAAGAUGAUGAUGUAAUAGUGAAUAAACCUCAUGUUUCGGAUGAAGAGGAAGAAGAACCUCCUUUUUAUCAUCAUCCCUUUAAACUCAGUGAACCCAAACCCAUUUUUUUCAAUCUGAAUAUUGCUGCAGCAAAGCCAACUCCACCAAAAAGCCAGGUAACAUUAACAAAAGAAUUUCCUGUGUCGUCUGGAUCUCAACAUCGAAAAAAAGAAGCGGAUAGUGUUUAUGGAGAGUGGGUUCCUGUAGAGAAAAAUGGUGAAGAAAGCAAAGAUGAUGAUAAUGUUUUCAGCAGCAGUAUACCCUCUGAGCCUGUGGACAUCUCGACAGCAAUGAGUGAGCGGGCACUUGCUCAGAAAAGACUCAGUGAGAAUGCAUUUGACCUUGAAGCCAUGAGCAUGUUAAAUCGAGCUCAGGAACGGAUUGAUGCCUGGGCUCAGCUGAACUCUAUUCCUGGCCAGUUCACAGGAAGUACGGGAGUACAGGUUCUGACACAAGAACAGUUGGCCAAUACUGGUGCCCAAGCAUGGAUUAAAAAGGAUCAGUUCUUAAGAGCAGCCCCAGUAACUGGAGGAAUGGGAGCCGUUUUGAUGAGAAAAAUGGGCUGGAGAGAAGGAGAAGGAUUAGGAAAAAACAAAGAAGGAAAUAAGGAACCUAUCCUAGUUGAUUUUAAAACAGACCGAAAAGGUCUUGUUGCUGUAGGAGAAAGAGCACAAAAGCGGUCUGGGAACUUCUCUGCUGCAAUGAAAGAUCUGUCAGGCAAACAUCCUGUGUCUGCCUUGAUGGAAAUCUGUAAUAAGAGAAGGUGGCAACCACCUGAAUUUCUCUUGGUCCAUGAUAGUGGCCCUGAUCAUCGCAAACAUUUUCUCUUUAGGGUAUUGAUAAAUGGAAGCGCUUACCAGCCCAGCUUUGCCAGCCCUAAUAAGAAGCAUGCUAAAGCCACAGCAGCUACUGUGGUUCUUCAAGCAAUGGGCCUUGUACCAAAGGACCUCAUGGCUAAUGCCACUUGCUUCAGGAGUGCCUCACGUAGAUAGAUUGAGGUUUUAUAAUCAUUUCAGAUAAUUUUACUCUGCAUCAAAAUGUAUUUCCUCUUUAAUGUUGUAAAUAUUUGGCAAUUUAAGACAUUGUGUAAAAAGCAAUCUGUAUAAACAUCUCCAGGCUUUGAUUUUUGUACCAUGGAAAUUGUAUUUAACCAUACAGGGUUUUGGUAUGUUUAUAUUGUUUACCUUAGUGAUGUAUUUGUUUAAGUGGCUAACAUCCAAACGAUUGUUUGAAGGCAUCCGUAAUCUUCAGUGUGGAAUGUUAAAUAACGCUUUUAUACUGUAUUUUGUACUAUGAUGUAACUCCCCUUCCUUAUGGCUAGGCUGCUGUAACACUUGCCUGUAAUCAGUGAAGGGCUGUGCACCUUGUACUAGUUCACAAUGGGUUCUGCUGGACAGAUACUGGGCCAGUGUUAUUGAGGUAAUCAAGCAAGAUCUGUUCCACAGGGCUAAUGCCACCAUCUCCCCUUAAAAAAUUUUGUAUUAGUUAUAAAAAGAGUGGUAUGUGUGAUGAUCAGCACUAAGGCCUGAAUUCCCGUCAAAGCCACUUGGGCCAUGAGAAGGGAGUCAAAAUGAAGUCCAACUAGAAUUCUGCAGAGGCCAAGUACAUUUAGUAUGGCAUUGAGUUGUGAUAUAGUUUUACUUUGAUGUGCAUUUUGAAUUUCAGCUACACCUAGAUAGACGUAAAAUGAUAAUUAAAACGCUGUAACCAACUUAUCUAAUAAAAUCGGCACCCGGCCACUAUUUUUUGUUGACUAUGAGAAAGUUUAAGUUUAUGUUAAUUUUUAGGGUCUGAUAGAAUAUUUCAUGUGUAUUACAGUGGUAUUCAUAUGCUAUGUCUCAACUUUAUUUUCAAAAGCUUAAGGCCCAAAUAUAAACUUCUCUGGAAUAAA